AGCCAAAGCAAAGGGGGCAGAAGUAUAGACCCGAUUGCGAAGAAAUAAAACCCUAACCAUCUCCGUUUGGUACUCCGAUCAAUUGCAGCCAUGGCGGGAAGAGAAGUUCGAGAAUAUACCAAUCUCACCGAUCCUAAAGAUAAGAAAUGGGGUAAAGGUAAGGAUAAAAUUGAUGACGAAGAAAUCGCUUUCCACCGCAUGGUUUCCAAGGGAUCUUGGCGUUUCCUACUGGGUGAUUAAUAUGUUCAGAUGCAAGAUGUUUCUGGGGAACGUGGAGGUUACCUUCAUGGAAGAGGCGCCCUGGACAGUGAUGACUUGCUGUAUCUCAAGGAACAGAUGGAAGCUGAGGAGGAUGCAGAACGUCUUCUGCGUCGCACUGAAAAGCGUGCUUUUCAAGCAUUUAAGAAAGCUGUUGCUAACUCGUCACCUGCAUUACUUCCUCUGCCACUUCGUGUUGAGCCCAAACCCAAGAGUGGGAUCAGGCAGCAAGAUUUACUAAAAAGAGUUGUAGAAGUCAAAUCCAAGAAGCCAACAGUUCCUAACUCAUCCAAUGGGAACAAUUCCCCUGUAAUUCCAAGUGCACAGGCUAUGCCAAGUGGCAAGUCUGGUGCUGAUAAUAAGGAGAUAGAAACUUUGCCGGUCAGGUCAAGUGACGCUGGUGAUAGAAAGAUAGAUAAUCCAGUAAAAAUCUUGCUCUCAGUAUAUGACAGUUCUGAUGACGAUGAUGACUGAUUUUGCAAGGAUUUAUCAGUUUAUGAUGUUUAAUUUAGUGUUAGAAUUAAGUAUCAUCAAUCGUGGGUCGAAUCAACAAACAUCAUUAGUUGUUCUACUAUGCACAUUUUGAUCAGUGCCCCUGACCUGGUUGCUUUAAACAUGGUUACUGUUGAUUGACUUCAAACGAUUGAGCAGGAAUCUUCAUCUGUGUGCAGUGUGCUGUAAAUUACUGAUUACAUGGAUUGUCGGUGCUACUAUGUUGCAAUUUGUUUGUUAACUGAAAUGCUAAGUUCACCUUUGGAUCAAAAACUUAAAUUGUAAUGCUGAGUGGACUAGAUAGUGCAAUAUAUAGUACUUUGGUAGUUUACUACUGAAAAUUGCAAGAAAA